AUCCUAAAAACUCGCCGGCAGGAUGGGGUCCGAAAACCCAAGCCCGCAGAACCCCAGCUGCAAAAUCAUGACUUUUCGCCCAACGUUAGAGGAGUUCCGGGAAUUUGGAAAGUAUGUUGCUUAUAUCGAAUCCCAGGGCGCCCACAGGGCGGGGCUUGCAAAGGUGAUUCCUCCCGAAGAAUGGAAGCCGCGCAGGAGCUACGAUGACAUUGACAACAUGGUCAUCCCUGCUCCCAUCCAGCAGGUAGUGACGGGGCAGUCUGGACUCUUCACCCAGUAUAAUAUUCAGAAGAAACCCAUGCUGGUCGGAGACUAUCGGCGCUUGGCCAACAGUGAGAAGUAUUGUACCCCCCGUCAUCAAGAUUUUGAUGACCUGGAACGCAAAUACUGGAAGAAUCUGACUUUUGUAUCUCCUCUGUAUGGAGCCGAUAUUAGCGGUUCUCUGUAUGAUUCGGAGGAAACCUCCCCCCGGGUCUCCGGGAGAGCGUGGAGGGAGGCGCUGCCGGUUCCAGCCCGGCCCGAUGCACGCGAACGCAGCGAGAACCCCCUGCCGACAGCGCCGUGGCAGAGAGAAAACUGCGGGGAAGAAGGGUCCCCGCCGAAGUAA